UCGCUCCGCAGGUGGACACAGCGGGAGUCACGGUGCGCCCACUCCUCCAAAUUAACUGUUGGGUUAUCUGUGACUCCCGCCUUCCUGCGGGGCACCCCGCCACCUCUCCCGCCGCUCUUGCCCCCGCCUCCAGCCCCGCUCCGGCUGCCCAUCCCGGGGUUGUGGAGUUCUCCCAAGGGCUCAGUGCCGGCCCCGGCGGCUAAGUUGGCGCCCAUCUGCGCCCCGGGCAGGGCACCCUCGGCCAAGGCCCCCCACCCCCCGCAGCCGCCCCCGCGUGGGCGCCCCGAGCCCAGCGCCGCAGCCUGGACCCACGCGGCGCGCAGCCCCCGGGGCGCCCCUGGGAGAGCCAAGCCUGCGCCAAGACGCAGCGAAGAACCUGCGUGUGUCCCCCACCCACCCGCGCCAAGCCCCGAAGCCGGGGAGGCGGGUGCUGCGUGGCCCGGGGCUGGGCGGCCGCAGAGGACGGGUAGCCUGGGCGCCACGCACCCGAGCGGCGCGGUAGGACGCACGGCUCUGCGGCGGCCGGCCGGGAGCCUUGGGCCCCGGGGGCGCACGAUGACCUGACGCGGGGAGGCGCUCCUGCCCGCACAGCCGGCCCGGAGAGGGCUCUCCGCCCCGCGCCUGCCAGGCCGCCUUCGGGGGGGUGCUCGGGGGCUGCGCGCCGCGGCCCCGGCCGGCGCCAUGGAGCUCUCGGAGGUGCGCUGCCUCGGCGGCGGCCAGCAGCUCUACACCAUCCACCGGACGCCCCCGGCCGGCGCGGGCGACAGCGGCUCCCGGCCGCAGCGGCUGCUGUGGCAGACGGCCGUGCGCCACAUCACCGAGCAGCGCUUCGUCCUCGGGCACCGGGGCGGCGGAGGCAGGAGCUGCGGCAAAGCCCCGGAGCCCGCGGGCCGCCCGGCCGAGCGCGCCCGCCAGCGGCUGUCCGCCGACGCGGCGCGGCCCCUGUCCCCGCUGGGCCCCGGGGAGCCGGCGCUCGGCUCGGCCGGCGGCGCCAAAGUCUUCCCGGAACGCGGCGGCGGAGGCGGGGGCGACCUGGGCUUCCUGCACCUGGACUGCGCCCCCAGCAACUCGGAUUUCUUCCUCAGUGGAGGCUACAGCUACCGAGGGGUCAUUUUCCCCACUCUGCGCAACUCCUUCAAGUCCCGGGAUCUGGAGCGCCUCUACCAGCGCUAUUUCCUGGGCCAGAGGCGCAAAUCCCAGGUGGUGAUGAACGUGCUGGAUGUGCUGACCAAACUCACCCUCUUGGUUCUGCACUUGAGCCUGGCUUCGGCCCCCAUGGACCCACUCAAGGGCAUCCUGCUAGGCUUCUUCACCGGCAUCGAGGUGGUCAUCUGCGCCUUGGUCGUGGUCAGAAAAGACACCACCUCCCACACCUACCUGCAGUACAGCGGUGUGGUCACCUGGGUGGCCAUGACCACCCAGAUCUUGGCAGCAGGCCUUGGCUAUGGCCUCCUGGGCGACGGUAUUGGCUAUGUGCUAUUCACACUCUUCGCCACCUACAGCAUGUUGCCUCUGCCCCUCACCUGGGCCAUCCUGGCAGGCCUGGCCACCUCAUUGCUGCAGGUGAUCCUCCAAGUGGUCAUUCCCAGGCUGGCCGUCAUUUCCAUCAACCAGGUUGUGGCCCAAGCCGUGCUGUUCAUGUGCAUGAACACAGCUGGGAUCUUCAUCAGCUACUUGUCAGACCGGGCUCAGCGCCAAGCCUUCCUGGAGACCCGGAGGUGUGUGGAGGCCAGGCUUCGCCUGGAGACGGAGAAUCAAAGACAGGAGCGACUUGUGCUGUCUGUGCUCCCCCGGUUCGUUGUGCUGGAAAUGAUCAAUGACAUGACCAAUGUAGAAGAUGAGCAUCUACAGCACCAGUUCCAUCGGAUUUAUAUCCAUCGCUACGAGAAUGUCAGUAUUCUUUUUGCAGACGUCAAAGGAUUUACCAACCUCUCCACGACCUUGUCCGCUCAGGAGCUGGUCAGGAUGCUCAACGAGCUCUUUGCCAGAUUUGAUCGACUGGCACAUGAGCAUCACUGUCUUCGAAUUAAAAUCCUGGGGGACUGUUACUACUGUGUUUCUGGACUUCCGGAGCCCCGGCAGGACCACGCCCACUGCUGUGUGGAAAUGGGCCUCAGCAUGAUCAAAACCAUCAGGUACGUGCGGUCCAGGACAAAGCAUGAUGUUGACAUGCGGAUUGGAAUCCACUCAGGCUCAGUGCUGUGUGGAGUGUUGGGCCUACGGAAGUGGCAGUUUGAUGUCUGGUCUUGGGAUGUGGACAUUGCAAACAAACUUGAAUCUGGAGGAAUCCCUGGGAGGAUUCACAUUUCCAAAGCAACUCUGGAUUGCCUCAAUGGUGACUACAAUGUGGAAGAAGGUCAUGGGAAAGAAAGGAAUGAAUUCUUGAGAAAGCAUAAUAUAGAGACCUAUUUGAUUAAGCAGCCUGAGGAGAAUCUGCUGUCUUUGCCCGAGGACAUUGUCAAGGACUCCGUGAGCUCUUCCGACAGGAGAAACAGUGGGGCAACAUUCACAGAAGGAUCCUGGAGCCCUGAACUGCCCUUUGAUAAUAUAGUGGGGAAACAGAAUACUCUGGCUGCCCUAACAAGAAAUUCAAUAAAUCUACUUCCAAACCAUCUUGCACAAGCUUUGCAUGUCCAGUCUGGGCCUGAGGAAAUUAACAAGAGAAUAGAACAUACCAUCGACUUGCGGAGUGGCGAUAAAUUGAGAAGAGAGCAUAUCAAGCCAUUCUCACUGAUGUUUAAAGACUCCAGCCUGGAGCACAAGUAUUCUCAAAUGAGGGAUGAAGUAUUCAAGUCCAACUUGGUCUGUGCAUUUAUCGUGCUGCUAUUCAUCACGGCCAUACAAAGCCUACUUCCUUCUUCAAGAGUGAUGCCGAUGGCCAUUCAGUUUUCCAUCCUGAUUAUGCUGCACUCAGCCUUGGUCCUCAUAACCACAGCAGAGGAUUAUAAAUGCUUGCCCCUCAUGCUCCGAAAUACUUGCUGCUGGAUAAAUGAGACCUAUUUGGCCCGGAAUGUCAUCAUCUUUGCAUCCAUCUUGAUUAACUUCCUGGGAGCUAUCCUCAAUAUUCUGUGGUGUGAUUUUGACAAGUCGAUACCCUUGAAGAACCUGACUUUCAAUUCCUCAGCUGUGUUUACAGAUAUCUGCUCCUACCCAGAGUACUUUGUUUUCACAGGGGUGUUGGCCAUGGUCACCUGUGCUGUUUUUCUCAGGCUGAACUCUGUCCUCAAGCUGGCAGUGCUAUUGAUUAUGAUAGCCAUCUAUGCCCUGCUCACCGAGACCAUCUACGCAGGUCUUUUUCUGCGUUACGACAACCUGAACCACAGUGGAGAGGAUUUUCUGGGGACCAAGGAGGCAUCGUUGCUGCUGAUGGCCAUGUUCCUCCUGGCUGUGUUCUACCAUGGGCAGCAGCUGGAGUACACAGCCCGCCUGGACUUCCUCUGGCGAGUGCAAGCCAAAGAGGAGAUCAAUGAAAUGAAGGAACUGAGAGAACACAAUGAGAACAUGCUCCGGAAUAUCUUGCCGAGUCACGUGGCCCGCCAUUUCCUGGAGAAAGACCGAGACAAUGAGGAACUCUAUUCUCAAUCCUAUGACGCUGUUGGGGUGAUGUUUGCCUCUAUCCCAGGGUUUGCAGACUUUUACUCUCAGACUGAAAUGAACAACCAAGGAGUGGAAUGUCUACGCCUGCUGAAUGAGAUCAUUGCAGACUUUGAUGAGCUGCUCGGCGAAGAGCGGUUUCAAGACAUUGAGAAGAUUAAGACCAUUGGCAGCACCUACAUGGCUGUGUCGGGCCUGUCACCUGAAAAGCAGCGGUGUGAAGAUAAGUGGGGACACUUGUGUGCCCUGGCCGAUUUCUCGCUUGCCCUGGCUGAAAGCAUACAGGAAAUCAACAAGCACUCGUUCAACAAUUUUGAACUUCGGAUCGGUAUCAGCCACGGCUCGGUGGUAGCUGGUGUCAUUGGCGCUAAGAAACCACAGUAUGACAUUUGGGGCAAAACUGUGAACCUGGCCAGCCGGAUGGACAGCACAGGCGUGAGUGGCAGGAUCCAAGUCCCCGAGGAGACCUAUCUCAUCUUGAAAGACCAGGGCUUUGCCUUCGACUAUCGAGGAGAGAUUUAUGUGAAGGGCAUCAGUGAACAGGAGGGAAAGAUCAAAACGUACUUUCUCCUGGGAAGAGUCCAACCCAACCCGUUCAUCCUCCCCCCAAGAAGACUGCCAGGGCAAUACUCCUUGGCCGCUGUCGUCCUGGGCCUUGUCCAGUCCCUCAAUCGGCAAAGGCAGAAGCAGCUACUCAAUGAGAACAACAGCCCGGGGAUCAUCAAGGGCCAUUACAACCGUCGGACUUUGUUGACACCCAGUGGGUCAGAGCCUGGAGUCCAAGCUGAAGGCAACGACAAACGUGAUUUGCCAUGAAAAGCAUUUUCUUUCUGUUUCUUGUCUUUUCUUUUUUGUAUUUCUUUUAUAUAUAAAAUAAAUAUACUAAUAAAAAGGUUUAAUUUUUUUUACAACAA